AGUACACCGUAAGGCUGGAAGGUCAGUUCCGAUUGAAACGUUACGGAGAGUGGCCGUUCCUGCGUUACGUCUGUACAGUGGGUCAACGUUCGCGACACGGGGCAGUGUAUGAUGUGAGUCGUUACGGUGGUGUUUUUAUUUGUCGCUUCCGUGGCCAGUGAGCGUUCGGAUAGAAUCGGCCGCUUCUUCGUGAUACCCACAGGUUAUGCGUGCAGAUUAUGCUGCGAUGAAAAAUUGUUACAAUAAAUAACCGGCUCUAGGGCGUGAAAGCAGUGUGAAAAAUAACGCCCGAUCAAGAACACGCGUUAGAGUGGUGUUGGUUUUUGUUUUGAGUUGUUCUGUGCGAGAUCGUCAAAAGUGAAAUUAAAUUAACAUUCAGUGAAACAAUGUGAUCCCUCUGUACAGCGAGAUAAUGUGUCAGCGGGGGAAAAGUAUGAGAAUUAUUAAAGUGAAUUAAACUCCCCUCCGACAUGGUGGAAAGUGCGCUGUAAGUGUGGUGCAGGACGUCACAAAACGUGCGUUUGAUAUAACUGUCCGGUGCAAUCCUGGUUGAAAACGAUGGAAAUCCGGUACCAUCUUUAAGCGAAACCAUGCGGAUAAGAGAAACGAUUUUGUGAUGACAUCGUUGCGCUGCUUCAAACAUCAAUGCAACAGUGUCGCACUCGCGACCAUUGUAUUACUGCUGACGAUGAUGAUUGAUGUACGAGAGCAGACGAUGCUGACGGAGCAUCCACCCACCACGGAGGAGGAUCUACACUAUUCUAAACAAAUCACCUCAAACAGUAGAAUCCAAUCUCCGACAAUGUCAUCGGUGCCACCGACAACGCCACCGUCCCUGCAGUCGAGCCCCAGCCCGCAGCCGACGUCAACCGCCCUUUGGUCGGAGAUGUCUUCGUCAUCAGCGACUCUGCCGGUGACACCGUUGCAUAUGGCGGCCGUGCCGUUGCCGUCAUCGUUGACGGUGUCGGCUGAAAGUCUAAUCCGAGAUGUGACAUCGGCAGUAACGGACGCGUCAACACAUUCGCUCCCGGAGGCGGUCGCCAUGCACGGAGCGGACCCGGGACCGAUGGUGACGACGCACACCGCUCCAUCCAGUGCUCGGGCAAGCCCCAGCGGCACACUGCUAGGCGGUGUCUCCAGCGAUUCAGCCUCAACGGACGCACAGUACGGUGGCAGUAAUGCGUACAACAAAUACACGACCUUUCGACCAUUACUAAUACCUACAUUACCUGAUGUGCGGCGUAGUCGAAUUGUUCAUUCGAUGCCUUAUCAAAGCAAGCAUCAUCACGAGCGUCACUGGGGUCCUUUUUUCGAGGAACCGGUCAACGUGACUUCCGGGGCGGCCUUGCAGGUUGGAUAUCAUUUAUCAACGGAGGCUAUCCUCAACUGUAGGGUAGGCAUGCUUAAAGAUAAAACGGUGAUGUGGAUCCGACGAACCACCGAUAAGGUAUCGUUGCUCACCGUUGGCAAUAAUACGUACAGCGGGGACCCGAGGAUAAAGGUCAAAUUUCAAUAUCCCAACAAUUGGAGGCUACAUAUCAACCCGAUCAAAUCCGACGACGCCGGCCUGUACAUGUGCCAGGUGUCGACGCAUCCGCCACGGGUGUUCGCUACGAAUCUGACCGUCUUGGAGCCCGCUGUAAGAAUAGUGGACGAGAUGGGGUACGAGUUCUCCGAUCGGUACUAUAAGCUAGGCAGCACCAUCGAGAUAUCGUGCCAAGUGUCGACGUCCUAUCUGGCUACCCUUCCGCCCAGCCCCAAGUCAGCUGGCCAACAACAACGCUCCAAGACUUCCCCCGUUGGUGCACCGGCAAACACGUUGGACGAGACGGCGAAAACAGGCUCCAAACCCACUAAAGACGAUAACAAACUGUCCGACUCGACGGAAAGAGGGUUGAUUAGCUGGACCAAGGAUGGCGCCGAGCUGCCGAAGGAUGUCAAGAUGAGUUUUAGCGGCACCAAGCAGUGGCUCAUCAGCCGGAUAUCGAUUCUGCAGGCAAAUCGUGUCCACAAUGGCGUCUACAACUGCACCGUCGCCGGCAAGCAGAGCCAGGCGGCCCAGGUUCAGGUCCUGAACGGUGAAACUCCGGCCGCUGUUCAGCAUAAUUUUGGCCAUCGCAAAGAGGCGUCCGGGCUGGUCGGUCUUCACUGCACGGUAGUGGCAAUAAUCUGGUGCACUUUGCAGACUUUGGGCCCGUUGCAUGUGUACUGUUAAUCGUGCCCUCGCUACUCUACAGCCGGGUUUUUACUCCGGGGCAAGCAUACCAACGCGAAAAGAAACAGACUACAUAGCAACCAGCAUAACGCACAGCACAAUUAAUUCUGGUUAACAGAACCGGUUUGUGUGCGUGUGUGUGUAUUUGACCACUGUGGCCAAGAAAAAAGGAAAAUAUCGGGUCGAACGAGCCAUGUGCCGAAGAAAACAGGCGCUCAAAAAUAAAACGUUCGCCCCACCAAACGUGUUGGACAGCAGAUUAUCCAGGGUGCAGGGUAAGGCGAUAAAGCGAUUGAAGGAGCGACCCACAACACGCGCGGGAUCAGUCGCACUCUGAAUGUAUCUGUUUGCCGAUUUACCGUUGGAUUGUGUGGAAAGGUUUCUUCUAACGAAUUCAAAACGUCAAACUCAUUUCGGAGGUUUUAACAGGUUUGAAAGCGAACGCGUUCAAGUACAGAAUCAAAACAAGCGUGUACAUAUGAUGAGUUGAUAGGUAAAGCAGAGGCAUCUAGUUGAUGCUGUGCAAGCUCCUUGCAUAUUCGACCUUUUUUUUUUUCAAAUAGGACUAUCCUUCACUCAGUGUAUCCAAAAUUUAUAGUUAAAAAUGUCUUUUUUCUUAAUUUGUUUACGAUCGUGAUAUAAAUUUAACGAAAACAAAAACUUGUUAAGCGGUUAGUUUUAUAAGCAAUCCACGAGAGAGGUUUACAAUUAGUUAAAACUACAUUUAAUGUGACGAUUUAUAUUGUAACUAGCAAACAUUUAUGGAUAGAGUAAACCACUCACCCACACACAUACACUCAUGUAUCAUGGUCGGUUAAGAGGAAAAAGACUAAGUUACGCAAAGGCAAAUACUUUCACGUAAGUUAGCUUAAACCGAGGCCCAACUGGCAGUCGAGUCGCUUCAGUCCUUCCGAGCAACCCGGGACGAUUGGAAGGAAGCGAAACGUCAUAUAACAUGUAUUACUACGUCAAAUCAAUUGCAAAACAAAACAUACACAGCAGAAUCAAACGACUUCAGUCAUAACAACAACCACACGAGCAACAACAAAACAACCUACGCUUUCCGCAUAUUCGGAAGGGCACAAUGUAUGCUACACUAUACCAGUACAGGCAGAACAAAAAACUAAGAAUAAAUUCAAAAAGGAAGGAAACGAGGUGAAAAUUGCAGAAAUAUAUACCACCAGAGCAUUGAGACGUCUCUGGCGAAUGUAA